AAGAAAACCAGCAAUACGACCCUUCUCCUGAAUGAGCCACCAAGGAUGGACAGGAAGGAGAUCAGCAGAAGAAUCUUAGACCUCACCUUGGAGAUCAUCUCCCUGCUGAGCGGAGAGAAAAUCCCAGUAAGAAUUCAGAGGGAAACCUCAUGUUAUCACUAAAUUAUAAAGCAGAAGAUGAAGAUAUCAUGCAGUACUCUUCAGGAGAAAAUGUGCAUCCAGGACUUCACAGUACAGAUCUAUCAAGUAAUCUCCCUAAUCAUGAGGGACCUUCUCCUGACCAAUCACGGACUGUUACAAGUACAGUUCAGAAAGGGGGUAAAAGGUUUCACUGUGAUAAAUCAUUGCCAAAGAGAUCAAGACUUCACACAGGAGAAAAAACUCAUACGUGUUCAGAAUGUGGGAAAUGUUUUACAGACAAAUCAAGUCUUGCUUUCCAUGAGAGAGUUCACACAGGAGUGAAGCCAUAUUCAUGUCCAGAAUGUGGGAAAUAUUUUACAGAAAAACAAAGUCUUGUUAGACAUGUGAGAAUUCACACAGGAGAGAAGCCGUAUUCAUGUUCAGAAUGUGGGAAAUGUUUUACACUUAAAUCAAGUCUUGUUUUACAUGAGAGAGUUCACACAGGAGAGAAGCCAUAUUCAUGUUCAGAAUGUGGGAAAUGUUUUACAGACAAAUCACACCUUGUUAGACAUAAGAGAAUUCACACAGGAGAGAAGCCAUAUUCAUGUUCAAAAUGUGGGCAAUGUUUUACACAGAAAUCAAUUCUUAUUUGCCAUGAGAGAAUUCACACAGGAGAGAAGCCAUAUUCAUGUUCAAAAUGUGGGCAAUGUUUUACACAGAAAUCAAUUCUUAUUUGCCAUGAGAGAAUUCACACAGGAGAGAAACUAUAUUCAUGUUCAGAAUGUGGGAAAUGUUUUACACGGAAAUCACACCUUGUUAGACAUAAGAGAAUUCACACAGGAGUGAAACCAUAUUCAUGCUCAGAAUGUGGGAAAUGUUUUACACGGAAAUCACACCUUGAAAAACAUGAAAGAAUGCAUAGAGGAGAGAAGGCGUUUUUAUGUUCAGAAUGUGGGAAACGUUUUACACAAAAGCUAAGUCUUGUUGCACAUCAGAGAAGUCACACACGAGAGAAGUAGAGA